GUCCGUCUGUCCCUCUUAUUCCAAGAUGAUGCUGAACUCAGACCAGACCGAGAUCGACCUGCCCCCAACGCACUCGGAGACGGAGUCGGUCUUCAGUGACUGCGGGGGGGUGGGCGGCCGCGGGGGGGGCCCCGAAGACGCCGGCAGCGUCGGCCUGUGCGGCCAGUCCCGUGUGGCAGAGCCGGGCGAGGCGCUGAAAAAGGACCUGCAGCACCUGAGCCGGGAGGAGCGCCGGCGGCGGCGCCGGGCCACGGCCAAGUACCGCACGGCCCACGCCACACGGGAGCGCAUCCGCGUGGAGGCCUUCAACAUGGCCUUUGCCGAGCUGCGCAAGCUGCUGCCCACGCUGCCACCGGACAAGAAGCUCUCCAAGAUCGAGAUCCUGCGCCUGGCCAUCUGCUACAUCUCCUACCUGAACCACGUGCUGGACGUCUGACCGCCCCACUCCGCCCUCCAUCCAUCCGUCUGCCCGCUGACUACCCGACCUGAAGCACGUGCUGGACAUCUGAGCCGCCUGGCCCCUGCCCUCCAUCUCUGCAUCCAUGCAACAGAGCAUCCAUCCAUCCAUCCAUCCAUCUUCUGUACGUCCCACCUGAACAGAGUGCAUGCAGGUCUGAGCCUCCGAGCCUGGGUCUGUCUGUCUGUCUGUCUGCCUGCUGCAUCUGCUACCUGAAUGAUGCACUGGACAUUUUCUAGGAUUUUAUGACAUCUGAGCUCCCGAGUCCGUGUGCACCUUGGGAUGUCAGAGCUCCCGAGCCAACAGCCGUCUGUCCGCCUGCAUUGGACCCUGCACAACCCAUGAGUGAUUGUCCAUCCAUCUAUCCAUCCCCAUGUGCUCAUUCCCUCUGUCUGUUUGUCUCUCUAUCCCAGCACGUACCCCAAAAGCCUGUGCCUGUUGGUGUGUGUCUGUUCGCUGGUCUGUCCAGGGUUUUGCUCACAACCCUCAGCCUCUCCCAUCCAUUUGGGGUUUCAGCUGAAAGUGAAGAGACAAAAAACCAACCGCAAGAGUUUUCUCCAACAUUUAGCUCUUACCAGCACUCCUGGGUCCUAUCCCCUCCCUGCCGCUGACUCGCCCAGGGGGGUAGGGGUGCCCCCUUUUCCCCCCUCUCUGUACCUCAGUUUCCCCUCUCCUGUAAAAGCAGGGAGAAUGAUACCUACCUCUGUCUUGCGAAGACUCGUCCGUGAAUGUCCACAGCGCGCUCGGAGAUCCCUGGAAGGAGAGAAGUGGUGGAGAGACAUGGCCGUGGCAAAUGGAGCAGGAUUUCCCACCCCGACGUGGCUCAGCUGGAGCAACAGCCAGGCAGACAGACACAUAGA